GAUUGAUCAACAAACAUGAGUCACGGUCUCGAUGAAGUAGAAACAAUCAUGUUGACGCCGGACCAGCGGCUCAAUCAAAUAUUCCUGUUUAGUUCGAAGGUUGAGUUAAAUCCAAAUGUGGCUGCUAGAAAGUAUUACCAAUCGGGAAUAGAUAUGAUAAGAAUGGCUGAAGUGUAUUUAAAAGAUAACAACUUAGAACAAGCAUAUAUUCUGUAUAAUAAAUUUAUGGUAUUAUUCCUAGAAACAAUUUCAACCCAUCCGGAUUACAAAAAUGUCCCGGCAGAAGACCGUAAUGCAAAUAAUCGACUACUUAGAGAUGUCCUUCCAAGAGCCGAAAAUUUGAAAAGUCAAUUAAAGGCCCAAUAUAGCAAUGAAUAUGAACAAUACCUAGAGCAAAAAGCAAUACAAGAACAAAAGGAUAGAGAAAAAUUACAAGGCGUAUACGGUGAUGAUGGGCAUGAGGUAUCUUUUAAUACUAAUAGAGUCACUGAGAAACAUUUAAAUAUGAUCCUAAACAACGCAACUACUCGUACAGACUUCAAUAAUAGUGGUUUAAAGAAAAGACUACCAUAUCUUAGAAAUCAAUAUAACUUUUACAAAGAUCCAACAAUUCUACCAAGUAUAUCAAGCAACGUGCAUUCACAACAUAAAUGCUUUGACGAAAAAUCCCAUGUUGACAGAAACUCAAAUCCAGUGACAAAACGUCUACACAAUCAACGGAACAUAAUAGUUCCAGGAGAUUUAUUGCAAAGAUUUUUGGAUAUUGUAAAAAAUAAUACUAUGGUUAAUUUAGAAACAUGUGGUAUAUUAGCUGGAAAAUUAAGUGUCAAUAGUCUAAUAAUAACAACCUUGUUGAUUCCAAAUCAAAACUGUACCCCGGAUUCUUGUACGGCAACGAAUGAAGAAGAUAUUUUUGAGUUUCAAGAUACAAAAAACCUAAUGACUUUAGGAUGGAUUCAUACUCAUCCAUCACAGGCCUCAUUCAUGUCUAGUGUAGACUUACACACUCAUUAUGCUUACCAAAUAAUGUUACCAGAAGCUAUUGCGAUUGUCUGCGCAACCAAAUUUAAUAAUAACUCAUUUUUCACCUUAACUCCUUAUGGCGUUCAAUUCAUCGCGAGCUGUAAAUCUGCGAGUGGUUUCCAUACGCAUAAUGUAGAUAAUGAAGAUAUGUACGCAAUUGCGGAACACAUCUUAUGGGAUUAUAGUUUACUAGUCAAUAUUAUAGACUUCAGACAGUGAUGUGAAAGGAAUCAAUUAUAAAUACUACUUGUGUAAUAUUGUGUAAAAAAAAUUUCUUUUGUACAGAAAAUUUUAGGUUUUUUGAAAAUCUAGAAAACAAAU